AUGUCCCAGCCGCUCUUCAACCAGCUGAGGCACCCCACCGUGAUGAACGCCCCGCAGGGCCACGCCGCCGGGCCGCCGCAGGGGCCCGGCAUCGCCGGCGCCAGGUUCCCCUCCGGCGGCAUUGCCUUUCCCGCCCAGAGCCCGGCCUUAGCCGCGCCGGGGAGCGGCCUGGGGCCUGUGCAGGCCCAGACCCCCAACGCCAUCGUCGUGAACCCUUUCGGAGGCGUCAUGGCUCCGACCUCCGGCCAACAGCCCGUGGUGGUGGGUCUCAACAAGGCGGGCGCCUCCACCUCCGCCGCCGCGGGGGGCUUUUACGAGUACGGCAAGCAAAACGCCGCCGCUGCCGCCCCUCAGGCCUACGCCUCGGAGGGGGACCAGCCCAGCCAGCACGGCUUCCUCGCCGGCGGGGCCCACGCAGGCUCCUCGGCGGCGGGGCCGUGCUACGAGGGUCGCUUUGGGGCUGCCAGCCAGCUGCAGCACGAGGCGGCGGCGGCGGCAGCCUUUCCCAAGGAGGCCUACGGGGCCACGGCGGCACAGCACGGGGCGGCACGGGCCUUCCCCAGCGACCCGCACGCGGGCUCCCAUCCGAAAGGAGAUCCCGGCCCCGUCUUGCACGGCAGCGGCGCGAGCAGCCAGUGGGAAAACAUCCCUAAUUUCCCCGGCCAAAACAAGCCUGACCUCGUGCCCGGCGACAGCCUGUGGCCGUCGGCGAGUCAGCAGCAGUAUGAAAUAAGAAACGAGCUCUACGACCCCGAGGAGCCGACACCUGACACAAAGUUCAGCGCGGCCGCCCCCCCCGCCUUCGGCCGCCUCAACCACAGCAAGCAGAGCUUCGGCAGCCCUCGCAUGAGGCAGAAGGAGGAGCGGAGCGGCGGCGCGCCUGACCUGCCCGCCCGCUCCCUGCCGCCGCACCAGCUGGGCGACCUCCGCGGCGCGGCCCCCCUCCACUUCCCCCACGUCUGCGCCCUGUGCGACAAGAAGGUCUUCGAUCUGAAGGACUGGGAUCAGCACAUUAAGGGAAGUCUUCACAUCCAAAAAUGUAUGGCUUUUUCAGAUAACACUGGUGUCCGGUGUGUGUUAAGCUCAGCAGAUGGAGCAUUGCAUUUAUCACCAAAUAAUGCAGCAGUUUUCAAUCCAUCUAGUAUCGAAGAUUAUCCACCAAAUGUCGGCGCAUCUUUUAUCACUACGUCAGCAAGAUCCUUUGGCCAGCCAGGUCCUACAUUUUCUUCUCUUCCAUCAGGGGUAAGAUUUCCCCAGAGGAAAUCUACACUGGGUCGAGUUGUUCACAUCUGCAACCUCCCCGAGGGAAGCUGCACAGAGAAUGAUGUCAUUAACCUGGGCCUCCCAUUUGGGAAGGUCACCAACUAUAUCCUCAUGAAAUCCACUAAUCAGGCCUUUCUGGAAAUGGCUUACAGUGAAGCAGCACAAGCCAUGGUGCAGUACUACAAAGAAAAACCUGCUAUGAUAAAUGAUGACAAGUUACUUAUUAGGAUGUCUAAAAGAUACAAGGAAUUGCAGCUGAAGAAACCAGGUAAGAACGUGGCUGCUAUCAUCCAGGACAUCCACUCGCAGAGGGAGAGGGACCUGCUGCGUGAAGUGGACAGGUAUGGCACGGAGAGGCCCCGCUCUCGCAGCCCCAUAAGCCGUUCCCUGUCGCCCCGAUCCCACACUCCCAGCUUUACUUCCUGCAGUUCACCCCACAGCCCAAUGGGGACCGGCAGGACUGACUGGGGAAAUGGGAGAGAGUCGUGGGAUCAGUCCCCGUAUUCUCGACGGGAAGAGGAAAGAGACAGCAGAGAAUGGCGAGAGAAUGGGGAUGAGAAGAGGGACAGGACUGACACGUGGGUACACGAGAGGAAACAUUAUUCCCGACAGCUGGACAAGUUUGAUUUGGAUGAACGGAUUGAAGGAGGCAGAGGGCACAGAGAAAAGUAUUUAAGGAGUGGUUCCCCUGGCUCCCUUCACCCUUUAUCUGGCUACAAGAGCAGGGAAGAUGACUAUUACCGGAAAACCUCUAAGUCAAAAUCUGACAAGUUUCAGAGGCAGCUGCAGGAUUUACCUGGGAGAUCUAAGAGAAAGGAGGAGGCAAAGUUAAGGGAACGCAGGCAUUCUUACAGCGAGGAUGCUGCCAGGGAGGAGGCAGCUGAACAGAAGCACAGCAAAGCGUCUGAGGGCUCCAGGCAAAAACAAAGUGAUAAGAAUAAGGUGAAGAAGGCUGAAAAAGACCAAGAGGAACAUGCUGCUGCUGAAGGCAGUGAUGUGAAGGAAACCAAGCCUCCCGAGAAUGAGCUUGGAAAAGAGGAGCAAGUUCCAGAGAAGAGCUCACCUUCAGCUGAUAAACAAAGAAAAGAAUCUGGAGAGAUUCUGGAAAACACAAGAAAAGAGAAGGACCGAGACUGGGAGAGUGGAAGUGAGAUAGAAGGUGAGACCUGGUAUCCUGCUAACAUGGAGGAAUUAGUGACAGUAGAUGAAGUGGGAGAAGAUGAUUUAAUUAUGGAGCCUGAUAUAACUGAGCUUGAAGAAAUAGUACCAGUUGAUCAAAAAAAUAAAACCGCUUCAGAAAUAUGUCCCUGUAUGUCAACUAUGUUAGAACUGAAAAAUGAUCACAGCCACUUAAUCAGGAGUGAAGACAAAUUUGCCCAUAAAGCUUUAGAAACAAACUUCAGAUCAGCAAAGGGCAGUGUAGCUUCUAGUGGCUGUCAGGAUGAUGAGGAGGAUGAUGAUAAUGAUGAUGCUGUAACUGAAGCAUCAAGCCUAAAUCUGGACCCUGAGCAGAAGCCAGAGGAAUUGCAAGAAGACCAAUCUGCUAAGGAGUCUGAUCCCCAGCAGAAGGAAGGAAAAAUCGAUAAGAGCUCUGACACUCGUUUAGAGCCCGAAGAUCACCAUAUACCUUCUGUUGCUCUGAAAGAAGAGACUCUCCAGCUCCCUGAUACAUUUAUAGAUGAUUACAAACAGAUGGGAUCACAAGGAGCUGAGAGCAGAGAAGUUAUGGAAAUGCUUGUUAAAAACGCUAGUGAGGAAACAAGACACGGAAGCCAAGAGUGUCCAGAGGCCAAGGCAAAUUCUAGGUACCUGGAAAUGAGAUCUCUGGAAUACCCGGAGGUAGAGUCUAAAAGAAGGCACUCUCCGCCAGGCUGGGAACAAGAGGACGUCUUCACUGAACUCAGCAUUCCCCUGGGUGUGGAAUUUGUGGUGCCUAGAACUGGGUUUUACUGCAAGCUCUGUGGACUCUUCUACACAAAUGAAGAGACAGCAAAGACAAGUCACUGCAGAAGUACUGUUCACUACAAAAAUCUUCAGAAGUAUCUAUCCCAGCUUGCAGAAGAGAGCCUGAAAAUGAAGGAAGAAGGCAGCCAUCUGCCUCAGGAUGACACUGGCAUUGUUCCUCACUUUGCAAAGAAAAAACUGUGA